GUGGACUGCCACUGGGCACACUGUGGCGAGUAAGAAUUUUGUAUUUUUUAAUUUUACACCAAGCAGCUCACAAUGGAAGCGGGAACGCAGGCAGGACUGGUCCUAACUCUUCUCGUCGCAGGACUUCUUCUGGUAGUCCAGGAUGCGGAGGCCUACGACAAGGAGAUGACUGUCUAUGUGGACGCCGGCAAAACUGAGUGUUUGUACCACACAGUACGCGAAGGCGAGACUAUUGACUUUGAAUACCAGGUAAUCGAUGGCGGUCAUGGAGAUUUGGACAUCAGCUUCACCCUGCUGGACCCAAUUGGCUUGGUAAUAGUCAGUGACUUCAAGAAACCGGAGAACGUACAUCGGCAUGACGUGACCAAGGAGGGGGACUAUCGGUUCUGUUUCGACAACAGUUUCAGUAUGUUCAACCGGAAGACGGUGUUCUUUGAACUAAUUGUGGAGCGGGAGGGCGAGCAGUUCCAUGGCGACACCCAGUGGAACGAGGUGGAUGAGUUAACCGGGCUUUCGCGAGAUGAGUAUUAUGAUAUGAAGGUGCAGGACAUCAUGGACUUUAUUGGACGCAUUCGUCUGCAGCUCAACAAAGCGCGCCAGCUACAGGAUGUCCUGCGAUCGCACGAGGCGCGUGAUCGUAAUUUGGCUGAGUCCAAUUUCCAGAAGGUUAACCACUGGUCCAUGCUACAGAUCAGCGCCAUGAUCGGUGUGGGUCUCAUUCAAGUAUUCAUGCUGCGCAGCAUCUUUGCCACUGAUGGACGAAUGCACAAGAUGUGGCGCAAACUGGGCAUUUGAUGGGUCGAUCCAGUGUUCAGUGUCGAGGAGAAGCCUCUACCAAAGAUGUGCGUGCCGGAGCAACGAGGAUGCAUUUAGUGAUUGAGUAGAUGUCCAUUAAUUAAAUGCCAUCCGGCAGUUGGAUUCCCACUAGUUAGAAAAUAAUUUAAAAAAGUAAAGCAAAGAACUUGCCAUCAUCAUUAGUAGUUCGUUAGUUUCUAUAUAUAUAUAUAUUAUAUAUACAUAUAAUAUCAUGUAUUAUGUAGCCGAGAGAUAGUAUUCCGUAUAUUUAUAGAUAUGCGGGUGUGUGCUUGUGAUAUAUGGGGUGUGUUGUGUGUGCGCGCAUGUUUUAGGCAUUGUUAAACGAAAGCAAUUUUACGAUUAAGCCAGAGGAUGAGUUUGAUAUUAAAUUUAAAGUUGCCAGGAACCAGUGAAAAUGAAGUGUUUCAAUAUAUAUUCCAGCGAUUGUUUAGCCCUUAAAGAAAAGGUUACAGAGUAACGUCUUAGGGUAUAUCCUAAGAAUUCCUAGCACCGCCAAUAGGCUAUGUUUACAUUCUAAAAUUCUUCUUACAUUUAUGAAUUUCCCAAAAUAUUUAUAAGAAGAAAUGGAAUUAUGAUUUUUUGAAGAUACUUUUCAAUAAAUUAACAUCUUUCUGUUAUCUUA